GUAUCAUCACGCAUAUGAGGUCAAGACGGCGACAGGCAUGCGAAGGGUGCCACGCACGCAAGUCGCGGUGCUUGCCUGGCAAGAGCGCCGAUACCUGCAAGAGAUGCGAAGAGAACGACCUCAGCUGUGAGGCUCAUGAAGCACGCACUCGCAGACGGAAAAUCCCAAGAAAAGAGUUACGUUUUGUCGAUGUUGCCAGCAAGCUCCAAGCGACAAGUGAGCAUAGCUUUGGCCAUCAACUCCUCGUCGCCCUCCAAGUCCAAGCUGUUUCACCCAGCAAAUGGCCUGCAUUGGAAACACUGACCCAUGAGCGAGGUCAAGAACUGUGCGAGCAUUACCGGAGACUCGCCACUGCAGUGCCUUUCGCGAUCUACCCGUCCUCAGUGGCACCACAAAAACUGCUAUCGACCUCUCCUAUAUUGCUUCUUUCAAUCAUACUCAGUGCCAGUAGUUCGUGUCUAGAGCUUGAGAGGCAUUGCGAGGAUAUAUUCCGGCAUACUCUGGCCGACCGUGUCAUCAUCAAGGGACAGCGCAGCCUAGAACUCCUGCAGAGUCUUCUCACUUACCUGAUCUGGUAUCCCCAUCGAUUUGAUCCUUCGACGCAGCAAUACUACCAGUUCCUGCAACUCGCGCUAGGCAUGGCGGCAGAUCUGGGUUUGUACAAGCAAUUCAAGCAUGGGAAAUUUGCGCAAGCAAUCAAUGACCUGAACACAGUCAGGACUUUUCUUCUUUGUUACUAUCUUGGCUGUGGUUGUGGUAUCCUUGGCUUCGAUAGGCCGGAUGUCAUGCGAUGUGUUGAGAAGUUGAGGGCUGCAGCAGGAGUAUUGGCGGAAGGCUCGGACAACCCGCUCGACAAGGAAGCACCAGCUAUCGUUGAGUUGAUGCAUAUUGUGGCACAGCAAUGGGACUGCUUGAGUUCCACUGAUACUGCAAGGUUGGCGUCCCUGGACUCAACAACAAGUCAGGAAAUGUGGAGAACGGCUCAUUACAGGUCUACCCUGUCGUCAGCUACCAAAUCAAGUUAUCACUUCAUCUCGGCUUACAGCAUCAUCAAGAGCGCAGGAUAUCGAUCCCUUCCAGCACAGAAGAUUGGGACCUGCGUGGACCAUCUCGUGGCUCUUUUGUCAAAUGUCCUUGAUCAAGACAUCUCCUACCUUUUCUUUCUGGGAGGAGUGGAAUGGGGACAUGUGCUGACGAGUUUGUUUCUCCUGCCAAAGCUGGAGACGUCUUUACCAGUGAAGCCCACCGAGCCAAGGACAGCGCCACUCACGUUUCAGCACGUUGGUGACUUUCGAAAUCUUCUUCAUAAGAUUCGGUCUGAGACCGAUACAAACCCCACUCUCAACGCUCCCCAUUUCUCCGACUGGAUAGAGAAGAUCCUUGCAGCCGUGGAGAAGCAAACGAUAUCUCGGCUGCAUUCUCCCACAGCCGAUGCUGGCUUAAAUAAUGAGGAGACAGCACAUGAGCUCGUCAACUCAUUUGUAGACGAUGGAAAGCACGAUGGCUCCCACACAAACGGCAAUACACGUCACUCGCAAGAAUUGGGCACAGAGGACUUCUGGGCAGAUUUCAUGUCUGAUUGGUUACAUUGGUGAUGGGCAAUGUUCAGCAGCCCAAUGUAGAUGAUUUGUCUAGACGUUCCCUCCAUGGGACUGGAUGCAGACAUCGGCCUCAUACCCAAAUUGGCACGCUCCAAUAUUCAUACUCAAGGUCAAACUACUAUCCCGCGUUCCAGUCAUGAGAUAUCGGCGCAGCUAGUUGAACACGGUACGACUGGCACCAACCAGC